AUGGAGUGCGGCCGCGACGGCGUCGUUCCACCACCGGAGCACCAGGCGCCGCUCAAAUGCACCACCGAGGACGCGAUCCCGCCGAGCCCGACGCUUUCUUCCGAAGAGUUCCUCCAGUUCAAGCGGAAGGCCACCACGAUCGUCGAGGAGUACUUCUCCACCGACGACGUCGCCGCGACGGCGAACGAGCUGCGGGAGCUCCGCGUGCCGUGCUACCACUACUACUUCGUCAAGAAGCUGGUGUCCGUGGCCAUGGACCGCCACGACAGGGAGAAGGAGAUGGCCGCCGUGCUGCUGUCCUCGCUCUACGGCGACGUCGUCGACCGCCCGCAGCUCUACAAGGGCUUCUGCGAGCUCACCGAGUCCUGCGACGACCUCUCCGUCGACACGCCCGACGCCGUCGACAUCCUCGGCGUCUUCGUCGCCCGCGCCAUCGUCGACGACAUGCUGCCGCCGGCGUUCCUGGCCAAGCAGGGCGCGUGCCUGCCCAACGGCUGCAAGGGAGCGGAGGUCCUCCGCAGGGCGGAGAAGGGCUACCUGUCCGUGCCGCACCACGGCGAGAUCGUCCUGCAGAGGUGGGGCGGGAGCAAGCGCAUCACGGUGGAGGAGGCCAAGGCCAGGAUUUCCGACAUCCUGGAGGAGUACCUCGGCUCCGGCGACAGGAGCGAGGCGCUGCGGUGCAUCAGGGACCUCAAGAUCCCCUUCUUCCACCAUGACGUCGUCAAGCGCGCGCUCGUCCUCGCCGUGGAGCGCGGCGGCGCGGCCGAGGGCCACAUCCUGGACCUCCUCAAGUCGGCGUCCGAGGAAGGGGUCAUCAACGAGAGCCAGAUCGGCAAAGGGUUCGACCGUUUGAUCGACUCCGUCGACGAUCUGGCGCUCGACGUGCCAAACGCGAGGUGCCUCCUGAAAUCGGUGAUCCAUAAGGCUUCGUCGGAGGGCUGGCUCUGCGCUUCGGGCCUGAAACCGUUUCCACCGGAGCCGAAGAAGACCAGCGAGGUCGACGAAGCGUCGGUGCGGGAGUUCAAGGCGAAGGCCGUGUCGAUCAUAAAGGAGUACUUCAUGACCGGCGACAUCAUGGAGGUAGUGAGCAGGUUGGAGACCGAGAACGACUCGUGCUGCUCAUCCUUCAAUGCCAUCUUCGUCCAGAGGCUAAUCAACGCCGCGAUGGACCGGAAGAGCCGCGAGAGGGAGAUGGCUUCGGUGCUGCUCUCCGCGCUCUGCAUGCCGCCGGACGACGUCGUGGCAGGGUUCCACCUCCUGAUAGAGGCCGCCGAGGACGCCGCGCUGGACAACCCGGCCAUAGUCGAGGACCUGACCAUGUUCUUUGCUAGGUCGGUGGUUGACGAGGUGAUCGCGCCGUCGGAUCUGGAGGCGAUGGAGGAGGAUGCCGGCCGCGUCAAGUCGGAGGGCUCCACCGGCAUGCUGGCGCUCCGGAACGCCCGCGCGCUGCUCAGCGCGAAGCUCUCCGCUGAGCGGAUCCUGCGGUGCUGGGGCGGCGGCGGCAGCGGCAAGGCCGGCUGGGAGCUGGACGAGGUGAAGGACAUGAUCAGCAAGCUGCUGCAGGAGUACGACUGCGGCGGCGACAUCCGGGAGGCGUGCCGGCGCAUCAAGGAUCUCGGCAUGCCCUUCUUCCACCACGAGGUGGUGAAGAAGGCGCUGGUGGCGAUCAUCGAGAAGCGGGGCAAGGACGAGCGCCUGUGGGGCCUCCUCAGCGAGUGCUACGGCCGCGGCCUGAUCACGCCGAACCAGAUGACCAAGGGCUUCGAGAGGGUGGCCGACUGCGUCGAGGACCUCGCGCUCGACGUGCCCGACGCCGGGAAGCAGUUCGGGUGCUGCGUCGAGCGCGCCAGGAAGGAAGGAUGGCUUGACGCGUCCUUCUCGAUGGCGAGGCCGGGGCAGCCAGUCUCCAAUGGCGUUUGCUCGUGA